UGUUAUCUUCGUAAGAACGUUUAGAAAUAAAUCAUUAUAUUGUUGACGAGCUUCAUCACUGGCUUGAUACAACUACCUUCCAAAAUGCGCGAAUGCAUCUCCAUUCACAUCGGCCAAGCUGGUUGCCAGAUUGGCAAUGCCUGCUGGGAACUUUAUUGUAUGGAGCACGGCAUUAGACCAGAUGGUCAUAUGCAUGUUGAAGAUCCAAACAGGGAUUUAGAUACAAGUUUCAGUACCUUUUUUACCGAGACUGGUAAUGGUAAACAUGUGCCAAGGGCUGUGUACGUUGACUUGGAACCCACUGUAAUUGAUGAGAUUCGACAGGGCCCUUACCGUCAACUUUUCCAUCCCGAACAAAUGAUUACUGGAAAGGAGGAUGCAGCUAAUAAUUAUGCCCGUGGCUUUUACACAAUUGGUAAAGAAGUAAUCGAUUUAGUUUUGGACCGUAUUAGAAGGCUGUCGGAACAAUGCAUCGGUCUUCAAGGAUUCCUUGUGUUUCACUCAUUUGGAGGAGGUACUGGGUCAGGUUUUACGUCCUUGUUAAUGGAAAAAUUAUCUGGAGAGUAUGGAAAGAAGUCUAAAUUGGAAUUUGCCAUUUAUCCCGCACCCCAACUUUCGCCUGCCAUUGUGGAACCAUAUAAUUCAAUAUUAACUACCCACACUACCUUAGAACAUAGUGAUUGUGCUUUUAUGGUAGAUAACGAAGCUACAUAUGACAUUUGUAAAAGGAAUUUGGAUAUAACACGACCUACUUACAGUAAUUUAAACAGGCUAAUAAGUCAAAUUGUAUCAUCAAUUACCGCUUCGCUAAGGUUUGAUGGAGCUUUAAAUGUCGAUCUAACUGAAUUCCAAACCAAUUUAGUCCCAUAUCCACGAAUUCAUUUUCCACUGACUACUUAUGCCCCUAUAAUAUCUGAUGCAAAGGCUUACCAUGAACAACAUAGUGUAGCUGAUAUUACUAAUGCUUGUUUUGAACCUGCAAACCAACUAGUCAAAUGUGACCCACGCACUGGUAAAUACAUGGCCUGUUGUUUGCUAUAUAGAGGCGACGUUGUUCCCAAAGACGUCAACUCGGCCAUUGCUGCAGUAAAAACUAAACGAACAAUUAAUUUCGUUGAUUGGUGUCCUACUGGUUUCAAAGUCGGAAUUAACUACCAACCACCAACUGUCGUACCUGAUGGUGGAAUGGCUAAAGUACCACGUGCUGUUUGCAUGCUUGCUAACACCACUGCUAUUGUCGAUGCAUGGGCGAACCUGAAUCGCAAAUUCGAUCUUAUGUACAGGAAACGCGCCUUCGUGCAUUGGUAUGUUGGUGAAGGUAUGGAAGAAGGUGAAUUCCAGGAAGCGCGCGACGACUUAGGCGCUCUAGAGAAGGAUUAUGAAGAAGUUGCUGGAGACUAUGAAGAAGGAGAAUACGCGGAGGAAUACUAAGGCUGUUAGAAAUUUAUACAAUACAGCCAAUGUUUCAAAAUUGUUGAAUAAAUAAAUAAACGUGUUGCCUAUUAA